CGGCUUUCUCGCGUUGUUGUGUAUGACUCGUGUGACUUGCCAGGUGUGCGGUGAGAAUGUGGCAGAUCAGCCCAGCACGACGCGAGGAGUUCACGAUAUCGAGCGAGAACUCAUACCUCAGCGUAACGACAAGAUCGUUGCGCAUGACUCCGAAGGCUUUGAAGCUGGGCAGGGCAAAGAAGUAAAGGUAGUGUCCGAUUUCAUCGCGCGCAGAGCCGCGACUGAGGACAUCAACGAGCGAUUGCAUAUGGUCUGGUAUUGUGUGGAAAUAAACUCACGGCCGAUACAGCAAGCGGAGCGCGAAUUCUUCUCGACUAUGAAAGAAGUGCCAGUAAUCGCUGUUAUGACGAAAUUCGACACGUAUGUCCAGGACGUACUGCAAGAACUAGAAGAAGCGGCGGAAAAGGAAGGUAGAGGCGUGGACGAAGACGAACUGGAGACCCAAGCUACACAGACUGCGGAAAGCCGCUUCAAAGAACACUACUGCGCUCCACUUCAAGCACUUCUAUUUCCUCCGAAGGCAGUUGUUGCCCUUUCGCACACCCAUAAGUCAGAACCCAGUGACUCGCGUCUAACUGAGCUCAUUCGUCAGACAAUGGACGCACUCGAGCCUCCGCAAGAUUCAGAGGUUAUUGCAAGCAGACACGAAGAGCAGCGCAAGCUCCGAGAGCUAUUCGCCACUGCGCAAACAGUUGAUGUUGCAUUGAAGAUCGAACACUCAAUCUGUCUGGGCAUGGGCGAGAACUAUGGCAGUCUUGGCGAGCGUCCUAUCAGCAGAGAAAGGCUUCUCGAACCGUGGAACACGGUUUGGUCCAAAGAACAUGAUGAACAGUUGUUUAAGCACCUUGAUCGCCGCCUACAGGAUCGCAUCGACUUCAGUUUUCGACUCAUUGGCCACCCUGAGUCGGAUGACUGGCUACAGAUUCGGCGAUGGAAUAGUCCUAAGCUCAAGUUUUGUGCUCAGCUCGAACAGAUGGUCAUAGAUACGGUGAUUAUUAUGAAACAUAUAUUCCUGCUGCAUAUAGAACAUCUCGAUGUGGCCGAACGCCUAAUUGAGUGGUACGACUCUCGAAGUGCCACUGCACAACGUGUUCGGCAGGCACUUGUGGACGUGCACAAUCGGAAUCGCACCGCUAUCGUUGGACUGUCGAUGCAUGAGCUGUAUCGAAUGGUCAACAGCCUGCAGUUUGAAGCUCCUGAUAUCACUCUAGAGUCUAUGCUACCAGCACCUCCUCCCCUGGUACCUCUACCUUCAGUACGCCCGCUCGUGGCGGAAGCCGAGACUCGGCGCGAUUCUCGGUUAUCGCUCGUAGCAAAGUUAUUCAAGAAGGCGGAGAAGCAGCAAAAGUAAUCCAUCAUGGCGCAUGGAUGACCGUACCUCUAUGUGGAGACUCCAAGUUGCCGCCAUGACAAGCGUAUACUAUGCAAUGAUUAAAUUGUUGACCACUCGCAGUAGCUACUUUACGAGUUGAGUGCGCCUUGGACCCUUUAUUUCCAGAUCUGGAGCACACGUACACAUUGUCUCCGCGUUUGUACGCUAUUUUUGUAUCUCAGAUAUGUAUUCGUGCAGUAUAAUCAAUCGCAGAGCCAUUCACAUCACGCACCACAUAUGCGGUCACAAUACUUGUGAACAACUCCCAUCGGUAUCUCGUCACCACGGAUAAAGCGAUGUACCACGCCAUUUUUUAUGUGACUAGGCCAGCCUUGUUCAGGAUAGCUGUUCAUGUUCUUCGCUGUUUCCUGGAUCCUCGCUGUACACCAGGCAACGGUUGUACCGCAAUUUAUUCACGUGGCUCUCAACAUGAGAAAAUAUGUCGCAGCCUUACAGUAAUAAUAAAGGACUUGUAUAGUCUCUGGGUCAUUCGUCCCGGAAGUAAGAUGGCGAGUAUCUAACGCCAUCGAUUAACAUCUUUGCG